UGGGUGUUCUGAAGCCAUGCAUCCCAGCCAAGUACCAUGUUCUCUUUGAUGAUGCUGAGACUCGGCUUACGGCCAUGUUUGUGGAAGAUAGAUCUACCAUUAAUGUGGUAACGCGGCGCUCUGAAGCUAUUGAAAAUACCCGGCACUCCCCAAAUGGAAUUAUGCAUGCUCCUGCUCCAAUAUCAUCUACCCCCCCUUCAGCAGCAGCACAUGGGUAUGGCAUGCGUAAGCAAGCAAUGGUAAAUCCUGCCCCACAAGUGCCACAGAUGCAGCAAGUGCGGCAAGAAUCAGGUAUGUCUGCUCUUGGUGCUUGUGCUCUGAGUGGCUCCUUGUCACACAAAUACAACCCGGAAAACCUUGACCAUGGGAAUUCGCGGAUCAGCCACCAGCCAGCAUCACCUAAAGUCCCGGAGACGUUACUCAACCCCAAGCCAAGUGCCCCUACUCUAGGCAGCAUGCGUCCUAUGGUUCCCAUGCACCAGCAGCCUGUGAUGCACAUGGAGAAGAAAAUCAACAAUGAUGAAGCCCUUGGCAUAUGGGGAGAAGUAUCCUGCGAUGACAAUAACCACAAGUCUCUGCCUAAGUAUGACUUUGACCAGGAAUAUGCGGACAGAGUUGCAAGGAAACUGGGUUUAGAAGGAAGGGAUCAGAUGAGAACAGACAGUAAUAAUGGUAUCAUGCCGCAUCACCCUAGAAGGAAGGAGGAGUCCUUGGGCCUCGCUUCGUCUCCUGGGCAAGCCAGUUCAUUACCCUCACCUCCAAGCCCAUUACCCCAUGCCCAUGCUGCAGAGUCGAAUGGGAAUGAGCGCCUGCGGAGAAUUUCCUGUACUUCAGAUACUGCAAAUGAAUGCAAUGUACCUGUGAUCCCCUACAAGGAGUUGGAAGAAGCCACAGCUGUCUGGAACACAGACAACCUUCUGGGUCGUGGUGGCUUUGGAACUGUCUUCAGGGGCACUUGGAAGAACACCCAGGUGGCCAUUAAGAGGAUUGACCCGCAAGGGAAUGCUGCGCUAGAUAGCAAACAACUGCAUGUUACACAGAGUUUUGACGAACUAAAACGUCUGCAGUCCUAUCGUCAUGAUAACAUCUUACAGGUUUAUGGCUACUCGGCAGAUCCAGAUCAGCCCCUGUGCUUGGUGUAUCAGUAUAUGCCAAAUGGUUCUGUAGAAGAUAGACUGCAGUGCAGGAGGAUAGGAGGAAGUCCCACAAAAGCUCUCACAUGGUGGCAGCGAUACAGAAUAGCAUGGUGCACUGCCAGAGGGCUUCAGUAUCUCCACACUGUUAAAGACAAACCAUUGAUCCACGGGGAUGUUAAGAGUGCAAACAUCUUGUUGGACCAGAACUACGAAGCAAAAUUAGGAGACUUUGGGUUAGCAAGGGAAGGGAAGAGCCAAGUCACAAGUAUGAAGGUGUCACGAGUUCAUGGAACCAAACCCUACCUGCCUGCUGAUUACCUAAGGUCAAAGAAGCUAUCAGUUAAAGUGGAUACGUACAGUUACGGCAUUGUGCUCUUUGAAUUGUGCACAGGUUUGAGGGCCUACGACGAGAAGAGAGAGAGAGGGAAGUUCCUGAAAGAGCUUGUGGACGAUACAGCAAAUGAGGAAACUCUACGAGACAGAAAUGCAGGACCAGAGUUAGAUGGAGAAGUUUUUAAAAUGCUCUUCAAGCUUGGAAGAGACUGUGUAAAGUUAAUUUCAACCAAAAGGCCAGACAUGACGACAGUCUUCAAGGAAUUGGAAAGCUUUGGUCAAGUGCUCGACAGGAAUGCUCAAGCAAGAAAAAUAUCCUUAGGGGAAACAAGCUCAGGAGCCACAACACCAUAUAUGCUGCAGAUCUUCCAUGACACGGCUGGGUCAAUGCAGUCUCCUUCUGUGUCGCCGUCAACACAGCCUUCCCUUGGGGCUUCAACUGUACCGACUUACCCAUCUCCUUCUUCCCCUUCCUUCUUGCCACCUCACUCACCGGUCCCCUCUGUUGUGCCAGGGAGCUCAGUCAUGCCACACUAUCCACAACAUCCCAUUGUGUUUCCUAAUGCUCCAAUGCUAGUCAAUGGAGGAGUUCCUUACCGAAAUCAGUAUCCCCACGCAGGAUCGCCAGCCUGGAAGCCAGUAGUUGCGGGUAAUAUGUAUGCGCCUCCGCAUGGUCUGCCCAUGCACAUGCCCCAAAUAAACGUUAGUCCUCCUAAGAAUGACAGUGCAGGGCAGGAUCCACCAAGUUACAGUGAGACCAUAUUGAAGAACCCUGGAGGUGCUGUGGGUGGGGCCUGUCCUGUAUCUCCACUAUUACCCCAGGUUUUGGGCCUAGAUCUGAAUGCCAAGCCCUCGGGCAAUACUACCACGAGUUCUGUGGACUCAGAAAGUGACUAUGGCAGUUCUGAGUCAAGCCUAAUAGCCACCACCACACACAAUUUGGGUUACGCAAAUGGCUACUAUAAUGCUGGAGGUGCAGCAGCAGCACCAGUCAUCCCAACAGUAGUCCACCCAGCUGCUCUUGCUUAUAAUAACAACCCAGGAGUUGCAAUAACUCCCUUAAUCACUGAGCUGGGUAUGAAGUCAGCCGAACAACCUACUCUUUCUGAGUCUUCACCAAAGUUGCCAUCUGCUGUUGGGAAGAAAUCAUUCUUAUAGUUUGCAGGAAACUCAUUCUUUACUGUUCAAAUUCAGCACUUAUGCAGUGCACAAAUCUAGAUUUAUGAAGCUUUUUGACAAAUUUGAAAUAUUAUUUAUAUAUAAGAAUUUCUUGUUUUCAUAGACAUUAGACAUUCUAGACAUAGAAGUUUAUAUUAAAAAAAAAUAUUUAUAAAAGAAAAAUCUUUAUAUUGGUUUCAAAUAUAUAAUCUGUAAAGCUAGGGAUCUUUAUGGAACAUGAAGAGGUUUUCUCUUGAAAGACAUCAGAUAUUGAGCAGAUAUAUGUACAGCAACUGUUUUUCAGUUAUGGCCCUGUUUUCUUCCUGUUAGUUCAAUACACACGUUAGCUACUUGAUGAAAAAGGAAGAUAUUAAUGCAUGUUACUUUUAAAUUGCAUUACUCUUAAAAGCUGACUUUUGAAUAUUAGAAUUUUAGGUUAUCAGGUAAACAUAUCCUCCUACCUGUUACAUUCAUGUACUUUUUUAUGCAUAAUUAGCAUUAAGAAAGAUUAGAAUCUGUCAAUCAACUGCUAAAGCUACCAUAGCCUGCCUAACUGCCUAGUUCAUCUUAUUUAGAAACCUAAAUCUUGGAAGGGCAGAUGCACCUUCUCUCGAGUUUGCUUUUCAAAACAUAACUAGGCUUUCUUAGUCAUGAACUUAGUUGUUUUGUUAUAUGACCUAGAUGUCUUGUCUUCACAUUUAUAUUUUUGUAAUUGUUCUAGGUACACACUAAGUUCAGUUUUAUAUUCAUUAACAGUAAUUGCUUUUGGAAGGGAUGGAAACCUCUCUCCUUUAUAGAUUUUGAGAAAUAUGCUGAGUCAUCUUGUUACUGGAUUGUGUAAAGUAAUUUCUUCAUAUAUGUAUGUAUAGCUGCAUGUAGCUUUACAUCUGCAAUGUAUAGAAACAGAUCAGUGCAUUUUAUACCCUUUAUAUACAGUUUGUUAUACUUUUAUGUAUAUUCAUUUUGUGCAGGUUACAAUUUUUUUUUUCUUUUUUUGUCAUAAGUUGUUAGAUCAGUCUGCUAAAAUUUUUGAGAUAAAGGGCUUCCUCACCUUUUCUUUGAUAAAUGCGCAAUGUUCUUGUGUCAAAAGGUGCUCCCUUGAUUUUUGGUUUGAUUAAUUGUACAGCAGUGGUCAUGUUAAAUGAUCUGUUAUGGAACUUUCAUUUGU